AUGAGCCGCGCCGAGAGUUGGGACAUGGACGGGCUUCGGGCGGACGGAGGGGCGGCCGGGGCCGCCCCCGCGUCCUCCUCCUCCUCGGUGGCGGCGGCGCCCGGCCAGUGCCGCAGUUUUCUCUCGGCGCCGGUUUUCGCUGGAGCGCAUUCUGGGCGUGCGGCGGCGGCGGCAGCAGCGGCAGCAGCAGCAGCAGCGGCCGCAGCCUCGGGCUUUGCAUACCCCGGGGCCUCUGAGCGCACGGGCUCCGCCUCAUCGUCGUCGUCUACAGCCGUGGCCUCGGCGCGCCCCGAUGCACCCCCCACCAAAGAGUGUCCGGCGCCCGCGGCCGCUGCUGCCGCUGCAGCGCCCCCGGGCGCCCCAGCGCUUGGCUACGGCUACCAUUUCGGCAACGGCUACUAUAGCUGCCGCAUGUCGCACGGCGUGGGCUUACAGCAGAAUGCUCUCAAGUCAUCGCCGCACGCCUCCCUGGGAGGCUUCCCGGUGGAGAAGUACAUGGACGUGUCCGGCCUGGCCAGCAGCAGCGUAUCGGCCAACGAGGUGCCCACGCGCGCCAAGGAGAUGUCCUUCUACCAGGGCUACACGAGUCCCUACCAGCAUGUGCCCGGCUACAUCGAUAUGGUGUCCACCUUCGGCUCCGGGGAGCCUCGGCACGAGGCAUACAUCUCCAUGGAGGGCUACCAGUCCUGGACGCUGGCCAACGGGUGGAACAGCCAGGUGUACUGCGCCAAGGACCAGCCGCAGGGCUCUCACUUUUGGAAAUCAUCCUUUCCAGGGGAUGUGGCUCUAAAUCAGCCGGACAUGUGUGUCUACCGCCGGGGGAGGAAAAAGAGGGUGCCCUACACCAAACUGCAGCUCAAAGAACUGGAGAAUGAGUAUGCCAUUAACAAGUUCAUUAACAAGGACAAGCGGCGGCGAAUCUCAGCUGCCACGAAUCUAUCCGAGAGACAAGUGACCAUUUGGUUUCAGAACCGAAGAGUGAAGGACAAGAAAAUCGUCUCCAAACUCAAAGACACUGUCUCCUGAUGUGGGCCAGGUUGGCCACAGUUUAAACGUCAAAAGACCUUUUGAAAGACUUGAAUAUGUAUUUAAUUCCCAAUCCCCUGCCUGUGAUGGCAAAUUUUGUGAAUCGUUUUCCUCUCUUUCCCAUAUCUGGCUCUAGAAUCUUUUGCUGCCCAAUCUGUAGUUCUGUUUCUUACUUGCUUAUUAUUGGUUGUGUUCUUGUCUAGGUUUAUUUUUAUGACAUUUUUAAUGUUCUGUUUCUCCCUCCAGGCCAGUAUAAAGGACUUGACAUAUUUUUUAAUAAUCCCCACAAAUGAAUUUCAGAAGUGCCCUUUGAAUUUUAGGGUUUUAUUUUUUAAAAUCACUUUAUAUGUCUUUCCAGCACUGAUUAUCUUCAUAAUCCAUUAGGGCAGAGUGAUUUGAAGUAUUCAUAUCCUGUAAUUGGGUAAUUGAAUCAUUAGCUCACAGCAGUCUCCCUGAGGCAAGUGGAAACAGCCCUGGGCAGGCAGUGUUCUGGGGUCACCGGGGGAAGUCUAAAAACAGAAGCUGAAGGUACUGUGAUGUCUUUAAAAGCAGCUACCUUAUUAAAUAGGGUUUGUAUCAAUAUUGGAAUGAAGACAAUCCUUCCGACUUUAGGUCUUUCACUUGCUGUUUUAGUUGUAUGGUUUUAAUACACUUUGCAGAUUUUGCUUUGUAUAAUCAUUACUUAGAAAAUAAGAAGAUGUGUCCUCAUGAGUGCCUUCAUUUUUCCAGCUCUAGAUGCAGAUAUUUAAAUAGCUGCGAUUGGCAGAAUGACCCAUGAACGGUAUAAAUGGACCCCCUCUCCUUGGCCGUGGGUCUGUGGGAAUUCAGUCCCGGGGAAGAGGCUGCAGCAACGUGGCCAUGGGUGGGAACAUUUAUCCAGAAACUGAUUAAGAACUUGGGCCUCUUGUGGAGCUUCAAAGCAUCUAACAAAAGUGAAAAAAUUGGAGGUCCAAGAAGAAAAUAAGAUGUUUCUGAAAGUGACAAUAAACAAUGACUUUUAAAGUGCUGCAUAUUUAUACAACUGAGAGUUUAUUUUUGUAGAUGCAAUGUCUGUGAGCUGGAAUACAUGGGCAGAGCUUCAGGCAUUUAAAAAUCUCUUUUUACUCCUAGGGAAAUGCAAAUAAACAGAACUUUCUUGUUUCCUCUAAGUCUUUAUACAGUUGUUUUCUUUUUUUCUAUUCUUAUUUAUUAUAG